AUGGCAAAUCCACAGGAACACAAACACUGCCACUUCCUCAUCCCGGCAGAGAAAAAGAUCCUGUCUAAAGGGUUUCCAGCCACAAAAAUCAGUCUUGACCGGAGCGGGAGGAAGAAAAACAGAGAUGCCGGGCCCCCGGGGUUGGGGUGGAAGCCCCCGCACCAGCGAGCGUGGAAAACGGGAAAACACGCCCCAAAAGCGUGCGCCGGAGGUCGCGCCGGACCCGACCGGCCCCAUACCCUCAGCGCGGGCUGCGCGGGCCGCUUCCCUUCAUCUCGCCGCGCAGCCGCCAGGCGCGGGCCACACGCGUGGAGGCCGCGCUCCGCUUCCCGGGCCGGUCCCGAGAAGGCCGGCGGCCGCUCCCCGCCCAGCCCCGCGGCGCCAGGCCGUCUUCAACUGCGCGCCAUGCCAAGCCUCACCACACGUUUCACCCGGCGACAGGUGGUGCUUCGGGCGGAGAGGCCGCGGCCCUGCAGCCCGCUCCGCGAUGCUCAGCCCCGGCGCCGCCCGGCCCUCCUCCGCUCCGACUUUCCGAAGCCUGCACCACCUCUGGCUUGCACUGGCGUGGGCGGCCCCACACGUUCCGAGGGUCUCACUAAGUUGCUUAAGGCUUCACUAAGUUGCUGAGGCUGACUUUGAACCUGCGAUCCACACAUUGCUUCUUCAAAGUGACAUUUUCAGAUACUUCGUGACUUUUGGAAAUGCACACCCUUGAUGGCCUGGGAAGUUUCACCGGAGUUCUUACAGUGAAUAUGAAGAUAUGAAACUUUUGAUUUGCAUGACUUUGUGGAGUUUUCUAGGUCAAGAGAGUAGCAAACCAUUUUCACUGAUCAUCUCAGACUGCUUACAGUAAGAGCUGGAAAGAUCUUAAGCAAGGGAGCAAUAUGGUCAUUUUGGAUUUUGAAGCAAUCACUUGGGCAACUGUGGGAGUUUAAGAGGAGCAAGAAGAGUUCAGCAGAACUUUGGGAGGUGUGGGAACCCCUAGCCCACAGGAAACCAAAGGAGCUGAACUGAGACAGUGGUGCCCUGGUGGAGUGGGGGCGAUCACUGGGGAGGAACUUGGGAGGUAAAGGAGCCAGGCAAGUUGAAGAAGAUUCCCAGGCUAUGGAUAGCUAAGUGGCAUCGAUGGUGCCACCAGCUGACACAGAGAACAGAGAAGUGGAAACAGGUUGAGGAAAGAAGAUGACAGAUUCUGUUUGUAGCCUAUUUCAUUGGAGUAAGAUUGGGAUGGAGAUUCCAAGCAUGCAACCGGGGGAGGGGGGAUGCAUCUGAGUUUCAGAAAUGUGUCUGAAGUUCAGUGGAGGGGUUUGUAUCGGACAAGUGGAUUUGGAUAUCAUUGGCACAUGGACAGUGGCUAUGUUUACUCCUAGAAAACAGAGACCAUGCUUAGAAAGUGUGUUUAGUGAGAAGAGAAGUGGACCCAAGGUCGCCCCAGCUGAUGCAUUGUCUCUGGGCUCCAUUUCCAUCCCUUUGGGCUUGGCUCCCUGAGGCUCCAGAUGAGAUUUACAAACUGUUCUUCCCAGUGUCUCUUGCCAGCUUGAUUUCUGCUGGGAUCUGCCAUUGAGAACAACUAACGGGAUAUGAUAAGGCACAGAAAGCAUAGAAUGGACUUUCUUCCUGCUUCUAACUGCAGGCAUUAUCGCUCCAUAGCAGUCAGCCACAGCUCCCGUGUGAAACUUAUAUGACAGGACAGCCAAGGUACUUCCCCCAGAAUUACCAGCAUCAGCCAGCUGAACCCACGGUUGAAGGUGAUGGUUAACUUUAGGUGUCAACUUGACUGGGCUAUGAUUCCUGGAUAGUUGUUAAGACAUCAUUUCUGAGUGUGUCUGUGAAGUUGUUUCAAAAGAGAUUGGAAUUUGAAUCAACAAACUGACCAAAGAAGACUUGCUCUCACCAAUGUGGGUGGACAUGGUUCAAUCCUUAAGCACCGCUCCCGUGGAACAAAAAGGUGGAAGAAGGGCGGUUCUGCUCUUUCUCCUUGAGUUGGGGCAUCCAUCUUCUCCUGCCCUUGGAGAUCCCUCUUCUGCCCUCCGACAUCAGAACUCUUGGUUUUGGGCCUUUAGACUCUGGAACUCAGACUAGCACUCACUAGUUCCCUUCUCAGUCUUUUAUUUUGGAACAGAUUACACAACUGUUUUCCAGCUUGUGGACUACACAUUUGUGGCUUCUUGACCUCCAUAAAUCUCAGCCAAU